UUGCCAUACACAGAUUCUAGUAUUGCAGUUGGCAGAUGCUGUUUAAUUUAGCUAGCUAUUCACAUGACCUUGUUAUCUACGAGUACAAAUUUUCUAUUGCAUAUUAAGAUCCAGACUAAAGUACGUAUUUCAUAGGGCAAUAUUUUCUUUACAGUUCACAGCCUGCAAGACAUAUAUAGGUAAACUACAUCAUAACACGGAUAAUUAGCUAGGUUCCAAGCAGGCGAAAAUGACGCGCGUGCUAGCUUCAGAUAUCCGGGAUUCCCGGCCGGGGUCGUCUCCGUCUACCGCGCGAUCUUUUUCAGCUUCAUUGGGCUGAGAUGAGAUGAGACGGAGAGCCGGCCAUUUUUAUUCAGCUGGUCGCUCUUGGCAAUGCCCGCGAGGUCGAGGAGUGUGCCCGUAUCCUGCUGCUGGCUUCCCCUGAUCGCCAUGCGUGCGUGCUGAAGCGUCUGAUGCUUGCUGGCUUCCCUCCUCCGUAAGACAACUCGACACCUGAAGAAGUAUAAAUCACUCAACCUUCAUCGACGGGGUUCGUCUGAUCUGCGCUCAGGCACGAAAGCUAAGAGCAAGCAAUGGACAACCACCAGCUGCCUUACAGCGCCCAGACCCCGGCAACGACCGGCGGCGGAGCCCCGGUGCCUGCCGGGGCCACGGGGCCGCCGCCGGCCGUGCCGCAGCACCACCUGCUCCAGCAGCAGCAGGCCCAGCUGCAGGCGUUCUGGGCGUACCAGCGUCAGGAGGCGGAGCGCGCGUCGGCGUCCGACUUCAAGAACCACCAGCUGCCGCUGGCCCGGAUCAAGAAGAUCAUGAAGGCGGACGAGGACGUGCGCAUGAUCUCGGCCGAGGCGCCCGUGCUCUUCGCCAAGGCCUGCGAGCUCUUCAUCCUGGAGCUCACCAUCCGCUCCUGGCUCCACGCCGAGGAGAACAAGCGCCGCACGCUGCAGCGCAACGACGUCGCCGCCGCCAUCGCGCGCACCGACGUCUUCGACUUCCUCGUCGACAUCGUGCCGAGGGAGGAGGCCAAGGAGGAGCCCGGCAGCAGCGCGCUCGGCUUCGCGGGCGCUGGAGCCGGACCUGGGGGUGCGCCCGCGGCAGGGCUGCCGUACUACUACCCGCCCAUGGGGCAGCCGGCGCCGAUGAUGCCGGCCUGGCAUGUCCCGGCGUGGGACCCGGCGUGGCAGCAAGGAGGAGGCGCGGACGUGGAUCAGGCUGCUGCCGGAGGCGGCUUCGGCGCCGAGGAUGGGCAAGGGUUUACUGGCCAUGGUGGUCCGGCUGGCUACCCUUCGGGACCUCCAAGUUCCGAGUAGCUAGUGAUCGCUGCCAGGCGCUAGCUCCUAGUUAGAGCUACAUGCAUGUGCGCGCAUUGGAUGCUCAAUGUUACUUGCCAAUUGCCGGCCAUGGGCCUUGGCCGGCGCACGAUGGGGGCAAGGGACGCAGAAAAGCUAGCUCUAGGUGCAAUUGUGUAUCAAUUUUUAUAUGGCAUGUCCUGUUAAUUCAAGAUAAAAGACAUACUAACGAGCUAGUUAAUUAUCCUGUCUCAUAAAAAUACUCCCUCCGUCCGGAAAUAAUUUACUCGGAUUGGUCUAGAUUUGUAUGUAUAAAACAUGCAUGUUUAGACAAA